UUGCGGCCUUUGCUUAUGUUCGGUUGUAUCGCACGCGAGUGAUCGAAUUGAGUUGUGCGCGCGCGCGCGCAUGCCACAUCGAGAAGGCGAAUCGAGCGAGGAGGAAGGAAACGGUGGCGGCGGUAGCGGCAUUAAUUAUUGGCACGAUUAUUGGCACGUUGCUGCUCUGUUAUCGUUUUACUGAUCGGUCUUCCGAUCGGCGAUCGGCGAUCGGCACGCGUACCUGCCGCUGUUCGCGAAUUUCCCCGAAGCCACCGAAGCGCCGCGAGGCGGCACGCGGUCGCAGGCGCGUAAAAUCGCGAGAUUUCGCGGAAAACGGAAAAUAGCCGGAAUAUAUCGGACGGAUUCCGCAUUUCUCUCUCUUUCUCUCUUCUGCCGACCUUUUUCCUAUCGACCGUCUCUCCCUUCCCCCUUGCCCUUUCGUCCGACCCGAGCGUCUCUCCGCAUAGCCUGUUUUGCACAUGUUCCUGGAAUUGCAAGCGGCUGUGGUGGUGUGAUUUUCGUUUUCCGGUUGUCGCUGCCACUGCGCGCGCGCGUGUGCGCGCGGGGAACUUCGGUCGGUUCCGGGGGCACCCCCGCGAAAGAGCAAAUAGUGCCGUCCGAUUAUCCGGAAGUUUCUCCGUUCUCCCACGAGAAAAUCCAAUCGUCAAGAGUCUUCUGAGAAUCGGGGAUGUUGAGAUAGUUCUCCCCCGCCCGCUCCGUUUAUCCACGCGGGACUGGAUUACCAUGCUGGACACGAGUCGCAGGUGGCUUGACGUCCAGGCUGAAACUGCGAAGAGAAUAGAUUCGGAGCAAUAUGCUUACAACGUAGCAUUAAAACUUCGACCAUCUUCUUCCUGAGUCGCUCUGCGAUGUUGUUUAGGUGAGCGGGAGGGAGGCGCUGCUGACCGGUGGCGGCGGCGGCCAUGCGCCCCGGCCCGCCAGUCCAGCCGAGCCGCCGCAGGCCUCCCCGUCGCCAGCAUCCGUACCACCAGCAGCAGCUUCAUCGGAAGCGCAACCGACAGCAGCAGCAGCAGGAGCGUCGUCGACCGCGUCCGCUGCCACAACCGCACAGCCACGGUUCGCGUGUCCUCCUGGUGCUGCUGCUACUGGUCAGCAACCCUGUAGUCCUGGGUCAGAUCGAGCCACCGGAAUCACCAGCGGCUUUGGCGGCUCCAGCGACCCAGUGCCAACAAGUUGUGCCCACUGUCUCCAGCGUCUCUCAAAAGAGCAGCCUAUGGUGGGGAAGCAACGACACCUCGAGCUCCUCGGUCCAGCCGCGAAGCUUGACCAUCGGCUACCUGACGGCCAUCAAAGGCGGCCUCAAGGAUCGUCAGGGUCUUGCCAUUUCCGGAGCCCUGUCCAUGGCUCUCGAGGAGGUCAACAAUGAUAAAAACAUUUUACCGAACGUGAAGCUGGUGAUGCGAUGGAGCGACACGAGGGGAGAGACCGUCGAAGCUACCAAUGCGAUGAUCGACAUGAUCUGCGAUGGGGUCGUGGCCUUUUUUGGACCGGAAGGCUCCUGCUACGUCGAGGCCAUAGUCGCUCAAUCCCGCAACAUACCUAUGAUCAGUUAUAAAUGCUCGGAUUAUAAGGCCUCGAAGGUGAAGACUUUCGCGAGGACCGAACCGCCGGACACGCAGGUGACCAAAUCGGUGAUCGCCCUGCUGCUGCACUACGGAUGGCACAAAUUCACGAUCGUGAGCGAGCGUGCCUGGGCAACGGUCGCUCGUUCGCUUCAGGAACAAGCGACUAAGAACAAUCUCACUGUAAACCAUUACAAGACCGUCGAGGACCGGCACACGUGUUGCGAGGAGAGGCUGCCGUGCUGCCAAGUCAGCGUAUGGUUCCAACUUAUACAGGAGACGAAAAAUAUGACCCGCAUUUACAUCUUCCUGGGUACUCCAAUGUCACUGAUAGAUAUGAUGAAUUCAAUGCAAGGCCAAAGGUUGCUGGACAACGGCGAGUACAUGGUAAUACACGUGGAUAUGAUGAUGUAUUCGCAACGUGAAGCGCAGAAGUAUUUGUGGAAACCGGAGCACUUCGGUACUUUAAGAAAUUGUCUCGAGCCAAAAGAUUUUCUGAAGAGAGCCCGCUCGUUGAUGGUCGUCGUGUCAACACCACCGACGCAGAAUUAUGAAAAAUUCAGUCAAAAGGUCCGAGAGUACAGUAGCAAGGAGCCCUUCAACUUCGUGAUUCCCGAUCUUCUGAAAAAAUAUGAAAAGUACGUGUCCAUUUAUGCUGCGUAUCUCUAUGAUUCUCUCAAGUUAUACGCGAGAGCCUUGGACCAGUUGAUACGAGAUCAUCCGAAUCAUUCCAUCGAGGAACUCGCCAAAAAUGGUACUCUUAUAAUCGAGACAAUUAUCAAGAAUCAUACAUAUCAAAGUGUGAGCGGAGCGACCAUCAAGUUGGAUAAAUAUGGAGAUUCGGAGGGAAACUUCUCGGUGCUUGCUCUGAAAAGAGUACCGUUUCGUCGCCAUAACUUCUCUUGCGAAUAUCAGAUGCUGCCUGUCGGCCAGUUCCAACAGGGUGAAACUCUAGUGUACAAGUCUUUGCCAGGCGCCAUGGAUUGGCCCGGUAAAAAUAAGCCGGAGGCAGAACCUGGUUGUGGUUUUCUUAAUGAACACUGUCCAAAGGACGAUACACAUCUUCGUAGUAUUAUCGUCGCAGCAGCACUGGCUGUUUUGCUGUUUUGUGCCACGGUAAUCACAAUGAGCAUAUAUCGAAGAUGGAAGAUAGAACAGGAAAUAGAAGGAUUGCUUUGGAAGAUUGAUCCGAAUGAGAUACACGGUUAUCCCCAUCUUGAUAACAUGAUGUCCUCCCCUAGUAAGUUAAGUUUAGUUAGUGCGAUGUCCUAUGAGUCGAGAUGCGGCGGUCAAGUGUUUGCGCAAACUGGACAUUACCACGGUGUGAUGGUACGGAUAAAGGAGCUGAAAUUCUCGAAGAAAAAAGACAUUUCACGGGACGUUAUGAAGGAGAUGCGCAUUCUCCGUGAAAUUAGACAUGGUAAUCUCAACUCUUUCAUCGGAGCGUGCGUGGAGCCGAUGAGGAUAUUGUUAAUUACCGACUAUUGUGCCAAAGGAAGUCUUUAUGACAUCAUUGAAAACGAAGAUAUAAAAUUAGAUGAUAUGUUCAUUGCAUCGUUAAUUCACGAUCUCAUUAAGGGUAUGUUGUAUAUUCACGAGUCAUCUCUACUGGUCUGUCAUGGUAAUCUAAAGUCUUCCAAUUGUGUUGUGACGUCACGUUGGGUACUCCAAGUCUCCGAUUUCGGUCUUCAUAAUAUGCGUCAUUGCGCCGAAUCUGACAGCAUCGGUGAACAUCAGUAUUAUCGAAGCUUAUUUUGGAAAGCCCCCGAAUUAUUAAGAAACCCACAUGCUCCAAUUAAAGGCACACAGGCAGGAGAUAUUUAUUCUUUCGCCAUUAUUUUGUAUGAAAUUCUUGGACGCAAAGGACCGUACGGAAAUAUAAAUUUGGAACCCAAAGAAAUCAUAGACCGAGUGAAACGAUUCCCAGAAGAUGGUGAACCGCCUUUUAGGCCUAACUUAAACAUACUCUCCGAAUCAAAAGCAAAUUGCGCAGAUUAUAUCGUUAGCACUAUUACGGAUUGUUGGGCAGAAAGUCCCGAACUUAGGCCAGACUUCAAAACAAUAAGGACUAGAUUGAAGAAAAUGAAAGCUGGGUGGCAUCGAAAUAUAAUGGACCAAAUGAUGAAUAUGAUGGAAAAAUAUGCAAGUAAUCUCGAAGAUCUAGUCACUGAACGUACGGGACUUCUCUUGGAUGAAAAAAAGAAAACUGAGGACUUGCUUCACAGAAUGUUACCUAAGCCUGUCGCAAAUUGUUUAACAAAUGGUAUUGGGGUAGAACCAGAAGCAUUUGAUUUGGUUACUAUAUACUUCAGUGAUAUCGUUGGUUUCACAGCGAUGUCAGCAGAAAGCACUCCAUUUCAGGUUGUAAAUUUCUUAAAUGAUUUAUACACAUUAUUUGACCGUAUAAUCAGAGGAUAUGAAGUAUAUAAAGUAGAAACGAUUGGAGAUGCUUACAUGGUCGUUUCCGGUCUUCCAAUAAGAAAUGGCGAUCAGCAUGCUGGACAGAUAGCAUCAAUGUCGUUAGAAUUACUUAAUGCUGUUAAGCACCACACGAUACCUCAUCGGCCUCAAGAAACUCUCAAAUUACGUAUUGGUAUUCAUACUGGUCCUGUAGUAGCAGGCGUUGUAGGUUUGACGAUGCCUAGAUAUUGCUUAUUCGGAGACACCGUUAAUACAGCGUCCCGUAUGGAAUCUACUGGAGAACCAUUACGAAUACAUAUCAGUAAGCAAUGCAAAGAAGCGUUAGAUAAAAUCGGAGGUUAUAAGAUUGAAGAGCGUGGCUUUGUUGAAAUGAAAGGAAAGGGAACAGUGAAGACUUACUGGCUUACGGGAGCUACUGUGACGCAUAGAAAAAAUACAGAGAACUCUAACGGAGAUGAACAUCUUCCACCACUAUUCUGUAGACCGCGGAAAAGUCCGAAACUAAAUCCAGAUUCACGAUAUGCAUCGCUGUUAGAUGGAUUAGGUGCCGGGAGUCGCAGACAAUCAAAUGUACCAUAUCCAGUGGCAGAUGACGCUUCUUCUCAGUGUGGUGGAUCUAGUCCAGUUCCGCGACAAUUACAUACUCGCAAACUUGAGAGAUCUCCCCUAUCUUUGACUGAAAGCAUCUCGAAGACUACACUAGACAAUGUUUCAGUUCAGGAAGAAGAGGAAGCACAGAGAUGCUUAAAUGUUAAAUCGGUCGACGAUUUGUUCAUAAGUACCGGACCGAAGCUUAGGAAAAAUGCACGUGCCCUAUCUACCAUCGCGUCUUCGUCAUCAAGUGAUUAUCCAUCCCAAACUGUUAUACGCGGAUCCCGUUCACUUGAUCCGCUUCCCACUGACGUAUAUAAUAAGCGGUUCGAGUCGCCGAACUUUUGGAAGGAGAACGAAUGCACGCGUAUCGAUUCGAAAGCGGACAUUUCUGAGAAAAUGCUGAAUAACAAUUAUCCUAACGGCAAUAUAAUAAUGAUGUCUCACACCGAUAACCCUCCGAAUGAAGCAGACCCACUCUUAGAUGACGACAAUGCGGACAAGAGAGAAAUACGAGAGAAGCGUUCGCGCUCGCUGGACCAGGUGGUAUCUGCAUCUAGUAUGGACAGUGUACCUGAUAAAAAGUCUUCCGCGCGAAAGUUGUUAGAAAUUCCGCCUGUUUCAACCAUUAUACAAAUGUUCAACGGUAAUGGAUUGCGCAAUAGCAAUGUCUCUUUAAGAAGAGGAAUAUUAGCAGGGUAUGAUAAACAAAACGAACGCGAAAGUGUGGUCUAGUACGCAUUCGAGAAAAUUUAUUUUUUCUUUUUUUUUUCUUUUAGUAUGACGAACUAGAUAGCAAAAAAUAGAAUCACGUGUAAAAACUGUACGCUACCAGACGUGUAAACUAUGUGAAAAUUAUAUUUGCGAAUCAUAAACAUGAUUUAUUGUUGCCAUCUUUUUUCUAGCCUAGAUACGUGCAAUUUAUAUGUAUAUGAAAGUUACCGACAUACAUUGUAUAUAUUUUUAAUAUUUAGGUAUUUUAUAACUCUUGUACACAUAUACACACUGAACGUGUGCAUCGCGGUAAAAACAACUUUUACAUGGUACAGGACUCUUCUCCUGUUUUUUUUUCUUUGUUAAGAUUUUUAAUUCGAUUGUGUAAUGAAAACAGCAAACUAUUUUAUAAAAAUCAUGACCAAAGUACACCACGGACACUUAGUUCAUCCGACGAUCUAUUGUGUUUAAUAGUAUGAAAAAGAAAAUUUAGGAUGACAUCGCGCACGCAUAUAGUCGAUAUAUGAAUGAUCAAGAUAUUUUUGUUUCAUAGAUAAUUUUUAUGCUUUUAUUUAUGUAAAUCGAGAGAAACUAAAAUUAGUAAGAGUUAUAUUUGAAUUUAUGUAGCAAAAAAUGUACAGAUUUAUCUAAUAGAAAAUUUUUGGAGUAUUUCAAUAUCGACUACAUACACGCGCGCUUAAAAUUAAAUGUGAAGCAUGAAUGUAUAAGACGUAUGUAUAUAAAAUACAUAUAGUAGCGCACACAUGUAUAUCUAUAGUAUCUAUAAGUCUAUUCUUGUUCAUUUGAAGGAAGUAAAUUGUCCGUAUGGCUGUGAGAAGUAAACUAGAUUAUACCUAAGGUGCUUAGUAAUAUAUCAUGUUGUCAAAUGUAUAUAACUAAAUAAUAAUAUAUCAAUGUAUAGAUAAAAUGUAAAUUAAAAGAAUUAUUACCUUCUAUAAAAGUUGAUUAAAAAGAGUCUUGUC